AUGUCUGAAAUUCAAAGUGAUACAGAAAAUCAAAACGAUAUUUUGAGUUAUUUCCCUCUUGAUAAAGCUACCGGUAAAGCAAAAUGUAAAUUGUGUCCUAAAAAAUUCACUCAUCCAAUCAACGAAUUGAUUGCUAGAAAUCAUUUUGCAAAAUCUCAUAAAGAAGAAUGGGAUGCUUUAGAAAAAGAUAAUGAUAAUAAAUCGACUAAAUCCAAAACUUCUAAAUCAGUUAAAGAUAAACCUGUUAAAAAUAAAAAUAAACCAUUAGAUAGUGAUGAUGAAAACUAUGAAGAAAAUGAUAAGAAGUUUAACCUGAGAAUGAAACAACAUAAAUCUAAAAAAAAUAGAACUAAUCGUGUAAAAGUAAACUGGGAUGAUGAUAAUAUUAAUUUCAAAUAUGUGGCAGAAAAAGUUGAUAUAUUGUUAGCUGAUGGUAAUGAAUUAAGAGCUC